CGUUCACACACUCUCCAGUUUCAUCGUAAACAACUGGACAUCUCUCUCUCUCUCGCUCUCUCCGUGCUGUUGCGACAUUCACUCUCGGGGGUCUUGAAAUGGUCGAUUUGCUAUUCCAUAGCGACAUAUGAUCAUUUUAAAAGCUUGUUUUAUGAAUUCAUCCGACUCAAAAACGAGUUUGUGACUGACAGACAGCGGUAUUCAGACAGAAGACGAGACUGCUGUGCUGUGCGCUGGUCGAAAUAAAUAAAUAACAGCUUUCUCCAUUCUGGCUUCUGGCAGUGGACGGUGCGAGAUGCUGCGGCUGCAUUGAUAGAGUUGGUAGAAGGGAUCAACCAGAAGUGACGAGGCAGCCUCAGCCAGGGCUCAGGCUACGAAUAGGAUAAUAACCGAGCACUGAUUGCGAUAGACUGAGUGAACGUUGUUGUAUGACAGACAGCAAGAAGAUGCACUAAGGACCGGAAGAGAAAAUGCUUCGUUUGAGAGUCGAAAUAUGAACGCACAUUCCACUUUGGUUUUCUUUUAUUUGCAGUGAUAUAUUUCCGUGGAUCUGAGCAGUUUAAACAACUUUUCGUUGUCCCUUUUUCCAUGAUAACGGCAGAACCGGGCUUGAUUUACCGGGAAUUUCACCAGGAUCAUGUGGACCCCGACGGAAGAGGAGAAAAUCGGAGUUGUGAUCUGCACGUUUCGAGGGAUCGUGACGCAGGGUCUGUCUCUGGAGAUAGGAGAGACAAUUCAGAUACUGGAGAAAUGUGAAGGGUGGUACCGAGGAUUCUCCACCAGGAAACCCACAAUCAAGGGAAUCUUCCCGACCAGCUACAUUCACUUGAAGAAGGCCAUCGUAACCAACAGAGGGCAGUAUGAGACCGUGGUACCAGUAGAAGACCCCAUAGUGACGGAGGUGACCUCCACUCUGCAGGAAUGGGCCUUGCUAUGGAAGCAGCUUUAUGUGAAACACAAGGUGGACUUGUUCUACAAGCUGCGUCACGUGAUGAACGAGCUGUUUGACCUUCGGAGACAGAUGUUGUCUGGUCACCUGACACAGGACCAGGUCAAAGACGUCAAGAGACACAUCACCAUCCGCCUGGACUGGGGCAACGAACACCUGGGCCUGGACCUCGUACCCAGGAAGGAGUUUGAAAUGGUGGAUGCAGACCAGAUCAGCGUCUCAGACUUAUACAAAAUGCAUCUGUCCAGCAGACACAGUGUCCAGCAAAGCACAACCCAGGCUGACAGUGUGCGUCGGAGCCACGGUGUAGAGCCCUGUCGUAUCCCCGUCCCUCACCACCUGUUCGUCAGCCUGAAGAGCUUCACCUACAACACCAUGGGAGAAGACACAGACGUCUUCUUCUCUCUCUACGACCUCAGGGAGGGGAAACAGAUCAGUGAGAAAUUUAUGGUGAGACUGAACAAGAACGAAGGUCCCAAGAACACAGACAAGGUUGAUCGUUUGUGUGCUCUGUUCACGGAUUUAAGUAAUAAGGACAUGAAGCGGGACCUGUAUAUUGUUUCACAAGUCAUCAGAACCGGUCGGAUGCUGCUGAAUGACUCUAAGAAGGGUCCUCCUCACGUCCAGUACAGAAGGCCGUACGGCUGUGCGGUUCUGGCCAUGAGUGAUGUACUACAGACCAUCUCAGAACUAAAGGAGGAGAAGGACUUUGUUCUCAAAGUCUACACAUGUAACAAUGAGAAUGAGUGGUACCAGAUCCAUGAAAACAUCAUAAGAAAAUCCAGCACCAAGUACACAGCUCCCAGCACCAACUAUGGUCUGAUCAUCUCUCUCCAGCUGCUGAGAGGAGAGAUGGAACAAAUCAGGAGAGAGAACCCUAUGAUUUUCAAUAGGGGCGUGGCCAUUACACGCAAGCUGGGCUUCCCCGAUGUCAUCAUGCCAGGUGACAUCCGUAAUGACCUGUACCUCACCUUGGAGAGAGGAGACUUCGAACGGGGAGGAAAGAGUGUCCAGAAGAACAUUGAGGUGUCUGUUUACGUGCUCUACGCAGACGGAGAGAUACUCAAAGACUGUAUCAGCCUGGGCAGUGGUGAGCCCCACAUCAGUGAACACCGUUCCUUUGUCCUCUACCACAACAACAGCCCCCGUUGGAGCGAGGUGGUUAAACUACCCAUCCCCAUAGACCGCUUCAGAGGGUCACACCUACGCUUCGAGUUCAGACACUGCUCCACCAAAGACAAGGCAGAGAAGAAGCUGUUUGGCUUUGCCUUCACACCACUGAUGAGAGAGGACGGGACAACGUUGUCAGACGAGAGUCACGAGCUCUAUGUCUACAAGUGUGACGAGAAUGCUACGUUCAGUAACCACGCGUUGUAUCUGGGUCUGCCCUGCUGUAAGGAGGACUUCAUCGGCUGUCCCAACGUUCCCUCCAGCCUCAUCUUCCAACGCAGCACGAAGGAGACCCUCUGGAUCUCCACACAGCUCUCCUCCACCAAGCUCACACAGAAUGUGGACCUGCUUGCGUUGUUGAAGUGGAAGGCCCACCCAGACAGAGUGAUGGACAUCCUGGGGCGACUACGUCAUGUCAGUGGAGAGGAGAUCGUCAAGUUCCUCCAAGACAUUUUGGACACCCUGUUUUCCAUUCUGGAUGACAACACUGACAAGUAUGGUCCUCUGGUGUUCCAGUCACUGGUGUUCAUCAUUAAUCUGCUCAGGGACAGCAAGUACUAUCACUUCCGUCCCGUCAUGGACACUUACAUCCAGAAGCACUUUGCUGGAGCGCUGGCGUACAAAGAGUUGAUCCGCUGUCUGAAGUGGUACAUGGACCGUUCUGCAGAAGUGGUGAAGCAGGACCACAUCCAGGAGGCCAUGAGGGCUCUGGAGUACCUGUUGAAGUUCAUUAUCCAGUCUCGGAUCCUGUACUCCCGUGCUACCUGUGGUAUGGAGGAAGAACAGUUCAGAGCCAGCAUCCAGGAGCUCUUCCAGUCCAUCCGCUUUGUCCUCAGUCUGGACAGCCGCAGCUCUGAGACACUCAUCUUCACACAGGCGGCGCUCCUGAACUCGUUCCCGGCCAUCUUCGACGAACUGCUUCAGAUGUUCACAGUCCAGGAAGUGGCAGAGUUCGUACGGGGCACGCUGGGCAGCAUGCCGAGCACCGUACACAUCGGACAGUCCAUGGACGUGGUCAAACUGCAGUCCAUCGCUCGCACCGUGGACAGCCGCCUCUUCUCCUUCCCAGAGUCUCGUAGGAUCCUGCUUCCCGUGGUCCUGCAUCACAUCCACCUCCACCUGAGACAGCAGAAAGAGCUGCUCAUCUGUUCUGGCAUCCUCAGCAGUAUCUUCUCCAUCAUCAAGACCAGCUCUCUGGACACCCCGGUGCAGGAGGACAUAGAGAUGAUGGUCGAGUCUCUCCUGGAUGUGCUACUCCAGACCCUGCUGGCCAUCAUGAGCAAGUCUCAGUCCCAGGAGGCGGUAAGAGGACAGCGCUGCCCACAGUGCACGGCUGAGAUCACUGGAGAGUAUGUGUCCUGCCUCCUAUCCCUGCUGCGUCAGAUGUCUGAAAUCCAUUUCCAACAUCUGCUGGACAACUUCCAGAGCAAAGAGGAGCUGAAGGAGUUCCUGUUGAAGAUCUUUUGUGUGUUUCGUAACCUGAUGAAGCUCAGUGUCUUUCCCCGGGACUGGAACGUGAUGAGGCUGCUGACCAGCAACAUCAUAGUGACGACAGCCCAGUGUCUGUCCCCGGCUCUGAACAAAAACUUCACCGAAGCCGACUUUGAUUUCAAGGUGUGGAACUCAUACUUCAGUCUGGCUGUUCUCUACAUCAACCAGCCCAGCCUACAAUUAGAGAACACCACACCAGCCAAGAGGAAGAAUGUGUUGGACAAGUAUGGUGACAUGAGGGUGAUGAUGGCCUACGAGCUCUUCAGCAUGUGGCAGAACCUUGGUGAGAACAAGAUCCACUUCAUCCCAGGUAUGAUAGGUCCCUUCCUGGGUGUGACCCUGGUGCCUCAGGGGGAGGUCAGGAACAUCAUGAUCCCUAUCUUCCACGACAUGAUGGACUGGGAGCAGAGGAAGAACGGGAACUUCAAACAGGUGGAGGCAGAGCUGAUUGACAAGCUAGACAGUCUGGUGUCUGAGGGGAAAGGAGAUGAGAACUACCGCGAGCUCUUCAGCCUGCUAACCCAGCUCUUUGGGCCUUACCCCAGCCUGCUGGAGAAAAUCGAGCAGGAGACUUGGAGGGAGACGGGAAUCUCCUUCGUCACCUCUGUCACGCGGCUGAUGGAACGUCUGUUGGACUACAGGGACUGCAUGAAAGGAGACGAGACAGAGAACAAGAAGAUUGGCUGUACUGUCAACCUGUUGAACUUCUACAAGUCAGAGAUCAACAAGGAGGAGAUGUACAUCCGCUACAUCCACAAGCUGUGUGGCAUGCACCUCCAGGCUGAGAACUACACAGAGGCUGCGUUCACACUGCUGUUGUACUGGGAGCUGCUGCAUUGGGAGGAGAGGCCUCUGAGGGAGUUCCUCCACUACCCAGCCCAGAGCGAGUGGCAUCGCAAAGAGGGCCUCUGUCGUAAGGUCAUCAACUACUUCAACAAGGGCAAGUGCUGGGAGUAUGGGAUACCGCUGUGCAGAGAGCUGGCUUACCAGUAUGAGACCCUGUACGACUACCAAAGCCUCAGCUGGAUAAGGAAAAUGGAGGCAGCGUACUAUGACAACAUCAUGGAGCAGCAACGUCUAGAACCUGAGUUCUUCAGGGUGGGCUUCUACGGACGCAAGUUCCCCUUCUUCCUAAGAAACAAGGAGUUUGUCUGUCGUGGUCAUGACUACGAACGUUUAGAAGCCUUCCAGCAAAGGAUGCUGGGAGAAUUCCCACAAGCCAUUGCCAUGCAACACCCUAACCAACCAGACGAGGCCAUUUUACAGUGUGACGCCCAGUACCUCCAGAUCUACGCCGUUUCGGCGGUACCGGAGAACGUCAACGUUCUCCAGAUGGACCGGGUUCCAGACCGCAUCAAGAGCUUCUACCGAGUCAACAACGUGCGUCGUUUUCGCUACGACCGGCCCUUCCACAAAGGAUCCAAAGACCGAGAGAACGAGUUCAAGAGCUUGUGGAUCGAGAGGACUACGCUGAUCCUCACACAUCCUCUCCCUGGUAUCUCCCGCUGGUUUGAGGUGGAGAAGAGAGAGCUGAUUGAGGUGAGUCCUCUGGAGAAUGCCAUCUACGUGGUGGAGAACAAGAACCAUGAGCUACGGACCCUGAUCAGCCAGUACCAACACAAGCAGCUCCAUGGCAACAUCAACCUGCUCUCCAUGUGUCUCAAUGGGGUCAUUGACGCUGCCGUCAACGGGGGCAUCGCUAGAUACCAGGAGGCCUUCUUUGAUAAGGAGUACAUCGGCAGUCACGCAGAGGACACGGAGAAGAUCACUUCUCUCAAAGACCUCAUGCAGGAACAGGUUCACAUCCUGGGGGCGGGGCUUGCGGUCCAUGACAAGCUGGUGCACCCUGAAAUGCGUCCCCUGCACAAGAAGCUGAUAGAUCAGUUCCAAAUGAUGAGGAGCAGUCUCUAUGGUCUGCCUGGGCUGGACAAGCUGAGUCCUGCCUGUUCUGGUGCCAGCACCCCUAGAGGCAUCCUGGCUACGCACAGCCCCAUGAGCCCCGACAGCUUCAAAGUCAUGCACAGGCACAGUCCACUGAAUCUGUUGGGGUCUAUCCGCCACUCGUCCUCCUCACUGUCCUCUCACACCUCCAGUGAGACGAAUAAUCUGGUGAUCCUGACGGACGGCAUGGUGGUGGAACACCCCGAGGAUGUCUACCGUAUGCAGGUCUGUCUCCACGCGAGGGUAGUGCCCGCUGUACCCACAGACAGGACUCUCAGCCAUCCAAGUCCUUCCUCCUCCAGCCUGAGCUCCACCCACUCAGCACCCUCCCAGAUGGUCAACUCCUCCAACAGCAUCAGAGUAGGCUCCCCGUCGCUGCCUGAUAAAUACCGGAACAAUCGUGAGAUGUUGAUGCUGCUGCCUCCUCACCGUGAAAGACCCAGCUCCGCCAUGUACCCCAACAUCACUGAGAACGGACAGGUACAGCCAACCAACUUCCAGCGAGCGUUGUUCCACCAGGUGAUUGGUCCAUGCAAGCCCUGCAGCGACCCUAACCUGUCUGUGGCAGAGAAAGUCCUGACCACUCCUAGCAGCUGGAGUCUGGACAGUGGUACCAGAGAGGUGUUGCCAUUCCUGUCCACCCACGUUGGGAGUGUGAUGGCCCCGCCUGUCCCGCCCCGCAGCCUGCCCCACGGACACUUCUCCAUGCACUUUGAUGCUUUCCACCACCAGAACAGCGACCUCCCUCCAGCUCUCCCUGCGCGCUCCUCUUUACGAAAGUCAGCCUUGCACCCUAUACCUGCCUCGCCCACCAGUCCCCAGUCCCAGUCCGGCCUGGAUGGCAGUAACUCUACCCUGUCUGGUAGCGCCUCCUCCGGCGUCUCCUCCCUGAGCGAGAGCAACUUCAUGGGCCAGUCAUGUUCCACCGAGUCCCAUGGAACAACCAGACACCCAGCAGAUGCCCUGGAUACUGUCUCCGUCACCCCCAGCAUGGCACACUCUACCUGGGCCACGGACGGAGAGGACCUGGGCAUGGACUCCCCCUCUGGUUCCUACCUGCCUGUGCGCUACAGUGUCUCUGAGUCAGAGAUCCUGGAUGGCUCCAAGCCCCCUCCCUGUCGUAGCCACUCCUCCCCUGGGGUGAUCACCCCACUCAUCACCAAUAUCGUGGUUCCAAUCAGCCCCGUCCUCCCAGAGGCCCAUACCCUUAACAUCCAGAACCUGCCCCACUACCGCCACCAGCCUCCGCCUGCCCUGCCCCCCAAGCCCUACCUGAGAGAGGGGUGUAUUCCUGAGGAGGAGGGGUGUAUACCAGCCAGGCCCAUGCCCAUGCCACGCAAGAUCUCUCAGCCUCUCAUCACCUCUAAGGAAGAGCAGGCCAAAGUGGCGUGGGAGCACGGCAUCGCCGAAGAGUGAAGAGGAGGCCUGGGGGUGUAUUCAGACAGUGAUGUGAAACAUUCUGAACAUUCCAGAUAGAAAUAGAUUAGAUAGAGCAGACGCACAUGAUUUCCCCUUAUUCUUUCUGACAGACAAUCAUAUAUGUUCUACAUUAAAUAUAUUUCUAUCU